ACGCUGUCCUGUUGUUUUUUGAUAGCAAAUGUGGGAUUGUACUUAUUUUAGCAUACAUACAUACAUGCAUACAAAUCUACAUAUGUUGUAUGAUUACAGACGCCGCGGUCCAAUUGUGUACUUUGGACUCUGCUUUUGUUGACUUCAUUGUUUGACCAACCAAUUUUUUGACAUUUAAAAAACAAACGCGCAACGGAGUGGUCGCUAUAAAUUAGCACUUAUUUUAAUAGCAAAUUAAAGGAAAAAACUUAAAAUGAUUAAUACAGGGAAACUAGCUGGACGCACACUUUUUAUUACUGGUGCGUCGCGCGGAAUUGGCAAAGCUAUUGCACUAAAAGCGGCACGUGAUGGUGCAAACAUCAUCGUCGCUGCUAAAACAAGCACACCACAUCCCAAAUUGCCAGGUACAAUUUAUACAGCGGCUGAAGAAAUUGAAAAGGUUGGUGGUCGUGCACACCCCUGUGUUGUAGAUGUACGCGACGAGCAGCAAGUACGCUCAGCUGUUCAGGAUGCUGUCGCGAAAUUCGGUGGUAUUGAUAUUCUCAUAAAUAAUGCAUCUGCCAUUUCACUCACUGGUACGCUGGAUACAGAUAUGAAGCGUUAUGAUCUUAUGCAUCAUAUUAACACACGUGGCACUUUCCUUGUAUCAAAGGAAUGUUUACCAUAUUUGACGAAGAGUAAUCAUGCACACAUAUUGAAUAUUUCACCGCCUUUAAAUUUGAAUCCGAUCUGGUUUGCUCCACAUGUGGCCUAUACAAUGGCCAAAUAUGGUAUGUCUAUGUGUGUGCUGGGUAUGGCAGAAGAAUUCCGUUCUGCCAAAGUGGCCGUAAACGCGUUAUGGCCACGAACUGCUAUACACACGGCUGCCAUAGAAAUGUUGACUGGGCCAGAUAGUUUAAAUGUAUCGCGAAAAGUUGAUAUCAUGGCAGAUGCCGCUUAUGCAGUUUUGGUGCGUGAACCUACUCAGUGUACAGGACGUUUUCUUAUUGACGAUGAAGUCUUAACCGAAGCUGGUGUCACGGAUUUGAAACAAUACGCCUGCAAUCCUGAAUAUGCCGAUAAAUUAAUGCCCGAUUUCUUUUUGGAUAUUCCCGAGAAUGAACUCAAUGCAAUUAAAGAAGAUAUUAAGCAAAGAAAAUCUGAAGGUGCAUCUUCCGGUCAAAUACCGGCAUUAUUUGGAAAGAUUGAAACAUUGCUUUCACCAGAACUGGUGCAAAAAACGCAGGCUGUUUUCCAAUUCAAUAUUGAAGGAGAAGAAAAAGGCACAUGGCAUUUGGAUUUAAAAAAUGGAACAGGCUCAUGCGGUAGUGGUGAACCAAAGAUUUCACCUGAUGCAACUUUAACAAUGAAAGCUAAUAACUUCCAUGAUAUGUUUUCGGGAAAACUAAAGGCUGCAACUGCAUAUAUGACAGGAAAACUAAAAAUUUCCGGUGACUUGAAUAAGGCAAUGAAACUGGAGAAGCUUAUGCGUUCACUAAAAUCAAAAUUAUAGACUUUGGUAAUUGUUAUGACCUGAGGUUUGCUAGUGAUAAGUUGCAUUUUUUAUGUUAAAUAUAGGUUUAAUUUACUUUUUAAUAAAUAUUUUAUUUGUAAA